AUGUUGGUGGCUGAAUUGAGUGGUACAAACCUUGAUAUUCCUGAGGAGUUGCUGCAAGCCCUACCAUCCGAUCCAUUCGAGCAGCUCGAUGUGGCUCGCAAAAUCACAUCCAUUGCCCUUUCGACGCGUGUCAACGCGCUCCAAUCGGAAGUCGCGGCUCUACGCGCCGAGCUCGCCGAGAAAGAUGAACUUAUCGCGGAGCUCCAGGCUCAGUUAGAGGCUCCCCACGCCACUGUUGCUGAAGCCGCGGAUAAGCUUGCUCUCGCGGAACAAGAUAAGGAGAGGCUGGUGAAGGAGAAUGCUUCACUUUCCAGCACAGUGAAGAAGCUCAGUAGAGAUGUUUCCAAGUUGGAGGUUUUUAGAAAGGCACUAAUGCAAUCACUUCAAGAGGAUGAAGAAAAACCCGGAGGGUCAUCCAACGUUGCAGCUAUGUUACAUAGUCAAGCAAGUAUCACUUCAACAUCUCACCUUGGAGAUGAAGAUGCUUCAUUGCCACCUAGAUCUUCUUCAAUGCGAAACAACACUUUUGAUGCAGCAAAUUCCUCUGCAGACGACCGUGAAUCUGAUGGUGGUGGAAGAUCUCAAGUAUCAUCAAUACCAUCACAUAGCUUUCUGUUAGCAUCCCAAACUACGACGCCUCGCCUUACUCCUCCUGGUUCUCCUCCUAUUGUUUCUGCAUCUGUAUCACCAACAAGAACAUCUAAACCUCCCUCUCCGCGGCGCCAUGCGGUUUCUCUUUCAAUUGAUAGGACUUCAUCAGUGUUUUCGUCUCAUGGUUCAAUGUCUAGCUAUGCAGGCACAGGUUCACAAACUGCACGAACUCGGGUGGAUGGAAAGGAGUUCUUUCGUCAAGUCAGGAGCCGUUUGUCUUAUGAGCAGUUUGGUGCAUUUUUAGCAAAUGUUAAGGAACUGAAUUCCCAUAAACAAACAAAAGAGGAGACACUAAAGAAAGCUGAUGAGAUCUUUGGGCCUGAAAACAAAGAUCUCUACACUAUAUUUGAAGGGUUGAUCACUCGUAAUGUUCAAUAA